AUGGCUGUCAUAUCCUCCCAAGAUACCAAUCCAGGCAAUGCUGUCUAUAAUCGAUAUAAGAACAACACGAACGAGAACUGGAUGCACGAUGCUGGCUUGAGAAAGCUCAACAUCGGCAUUGGGUUCAUGUUCGCAUCGGCUGCUGCCAACGGAUUCGACGGAAGUCUUAUGAAUGGACUCUUGACCAUCAAACAAUGGCAUGACAACAUCGGAGACGUCAGCACAAGUAUCCUUGGCCUGAUCAUAGCUGGUAUCAGCUUGGGUGGUUUGCCAGCCUUCAUCCCAGCUGCAUAUGUCAGUGAUUGGAUGGGCCGCCGCUUCACCAUCGCCUUGGGCUCUUCCAUCAUGAUCGCAGCAGCUAUCAUCCAAGCGUCUACAAAUGGACCAUGGGCAUUCCUGGGCACCAAGAUCAUGCUUGGUAUAGGCCUUGGCUUUGCACAAACAUCGGCACCACCUUUGACCACCGAGAUCGCUCACCCAAGACACCGUGCCAACGUCACCAACAUGUUCCAAGCCAUCUGGUUCUGGGGCGCCAUUCUUUCGGCCGUCGUUACUAUUGGAACACUACACAUGAGUGGCAGCUGGAGCUGGAGACUUCCCGUCUUGUUCCAGGCGUUCUUUCCAACCCUUCAACUCAUCGGUCUGACUUUUAUCCCUGAGUCCCCUAGAUGGUUGAUCUCCAAGAACAGACGUGACGAAGCUCUCGCAAUGCUCGUCAAGUAUCACGCCAAUGGUGAUACUGAGGAUGAACUUGUUCUCUUUGAGUUCAAGGAGAUCUGCACGGUUAUCGAUCAAGAGCGCGAAGCGGAGAAGAACAUCGGAUUCAUGUCAUUCUUUAAGACCAAGGGCAACCGCCACAGACUUUUGAUCUGCAUUGUCUCCUAUUACCUUGCACCUAUCCUGACGAGCGUCGGAGUCACAGACGCAGUCUCACAAGCUGGUAUCAACCUCGGCCUCCAAAUUUGGAACGCCAUUCUAGCUGCCUUGGGAGCUAUGGCUGCCGAACGAUAUGGUCGUCGACCGCUGUGGCUUCUGUCAACCAGCGGCAUGCUGGCCAGCUUCAUCGUAGUCACAGCUCUCUCAGCUGUUUUCGCCGAGCAUGGCACCAAAGUCGCAGGAUAUUGCGUGGUUGCGUUCCUCUUUGUCUUCUUUGGCUUCUACGACAUUGCCUUUACGCCUUUAUCCAUCGCUUACCCUGUCGAGAUCCUGCCGUUCGACCUGAGGUCCAAGGGACUAAGCAUCAACUUGACUGUUGUGUUCGCUGCUGGCUUCUUCAACCAAUAUGUCAACCCCAUCGCUCUUGAAGCUAUCCAGUGGAAGUUCUACUUCGUCUACAUCGCAACACUGGCGGCUAUGCUGCCAACUAUAUGGUUCCUGUUCCCUGAAACAAAGGGCAGAACUUUGGAGGAAAUUGCGGUUGUCUUUGAUGGCAUUGCUGCGGACCCUGUUCACUCAGAAGCGUCCGGGGGAGUUCUGCGCAAAUCAGUUGAGGCCGAAAGCAUGACGGCUGGAGCGGAACAUGUCUGA